AUGGCGAUGGAUUACAAGCAUAUGAGAGUGCUUUGUGCGGCGAAUCGCCGAUCAGAGUGGGGACGAAGUCCACUGAAUGGACCUCAGUCUUUCCUCCUCCUCCUCCUCCUCCUCCUCCUCCUCCUCCUCCUCCUUCUUCUCAUCCUCCUCCUCCUCCUCCUCAUCCUCCUCAUCCUCAUCCUCCUACUCCACCUUCUCAUCCUCAUCCUCAUCCUCCUGCUCCUCGUCAUUCUCUCCCUCUUUCUCCUCCUUCUUCUCCUCCUAUUCCUCCUCCUAGUCUCUUCCUACACUUUGUGCGACGAAUCGUUGGGCAUCGCGUAGACGGAGUCCACUGAACGAACCUCAGGCUUGUUUCUUCAUCAUCCCCCUCCUUCUCCUCAUAUUCCUUCUAUUCCUCCACCCCUCCUCCUUCUCAUGCUCAUCAUCAUCCACCUCCUAGUAGUAACUCCUUACGGUUUGCGCGGUGGAUCGCUGAACGUCGUGGGGUAGGAGUCCACUGAAUUAACUUCAGACAUUCCUUCUACUCCUGAUCCUCCUCUCAUUUUUCCUUCUCUUCCUCCUCCCCCUCCACCUCCUUCCCCUCUCCUUCUUCUACUCCCCUUAGUUACUACCUAGGCUUUGUGCGGCGAAUCGCUGAGCACCGUGAGGAGGGAAUCCACAGAAGGAACCGCAGACUUUACUCUUACUACUCAUCCUCCUCCUCCUCUUCCUUUCCCUACUCCUCUUCCUUUCCCUCCUCCUCCCUCUUCCUCCUUCUCCUCCUCCGCCUCCUCCACCUCCACCUCCUCCUCCUCCUUGUGCAUCCUUAA